ACAACAAUGGCGGCAUGUGUCGUCGUCUUUUUCGGUUUAUGAUCUUUACGGGAGAAGAAACGCCACACACAUGCCGCCACAAUACGUUAAAGUGAUCUUCCGAGUUUGUUUGCGAGCUCGGCUCGAUGGAGAGCAGCCAGCAAUCGUCGGUUCUAUUCCAGAGCUAGGAAAUUGGCGGAUUAUAAAUGAACAAGGCCUUUACCAGCGCGCGAGGUGUUUGCCAGUUGUUGAAGGCUCUAGCAGAGACGGCGUAAAACAAGUUUGGGAAGCAGUCCUGAAGGUACCCACCGACACACAGUUUCGCUGGUCGUGGCUUCUUCUUGGUCACGACGGGGAAAUAGAGAGGCGCGAAACAAUAAAUGAAAGACUACUUUUAAUCGAAAAGUGUAGUGUCAUUGUCCAUUCAGAAUGGAAUGUGGAAAAUGAAGUCAUCAUUUUCAAUACUUGUAAAGUAGACGUGUAUACAAACUACGUCACUCCUCCCGGAAAGGUUCUAGGUAUUAUUGGCUCGACACCGACUCUGGGGUGCUGGGAACCUGGAGGUUGUGUACUGAUGGACAGUUGCUACCCUAGAGGAUCAGGGAAAUGGAAAGGAUCUUUCGUGACCGAUAAUGAAACUGAAAUAGAGUGGAAACUUGUGGUUAUAGACAAAGAAAGGAAGGAGGUAAUCCGUUGGGAAGAGAGGACCAACAGGUCUUUGAACGUGUCUGGUCAGUGGGUCAAGCUUGAGGUCGCAUGGUCAGGCGGAGAAAGCGUCCGAGAUACCAUCUCACGAGACUUUGAUCGAAACUACAACACCAUCAAGAUAUUGGAUGAUCUGAUUAAAAAACCUCCAGAAGAACAGGUUAAACAAGGAAAUUUCACCGGGAAACCAUCUUCCUCUAGGGAUCCCUCACCACACUCAAGUUCCGGCCAAAGGAACCACAUUGUUAUAGACAAAGGGGAGACCAAGAAUGGCAAGACAACGAAAUUCCAUACCAGGAAACCCACAUCCUCCAAAAAGAGUGCACGUUGUGAUUCUAACCAGAGAGAAGGAAUCUUGAAACAUGAGCAUCAUUCUCCUUCAGUGUCAGCCCAAGGUCCCUGCAUCCUAAAGGAUGUGUUAGCAUCUACUCGUGGCAUGCCUGUGAAAGGGGAAUAUGGGAACCAAUGUCUAGGGUGUAAUGCAUGUAGAGACGGUAGUGCUGGUACAUGUGAUGGAGUGUUAAAGUCCCAUAGGAAUGAAUACUGUCUUCACAGAAGAGGAUCGGAGGGGUCCCAGGUGUCAAGGUUCUUCCGCUUUCGUCAGAGAGCUGAGGCAUUGAGACUGAUAGGUUAUCACCAAAGGUUUACCCUUUUGUCUGCAUUCUUCAUCCUCAUCAAGAUCAUGUAUGACUUUUAUGUUCGUCCACGUUAAAUUUCCAUGUAUUAAUCUUUAGGAAAUAAAAAAACCAGAGGCUCUGUUGUUUUCAUGCCCCUGUAUUACAUGAUACAAAUUAUGUGUCUGCAAAGACUCCUGUGGUUUAAGUCAAGCUAAUUGUUUUUGCAAAAACGCUUGCACUUAUAUGUAAGUAAUAAAUUCAUAGUAACAUCA